AUGGUCUACGACAUUCUGGCCACCGCCAAAAACCAGGGACAGGGCUCAUACAACUCGGACGGAUCUCCAAGACCAGGGUUUCUGGGAAGAGUUUACUGGAUGGUCAUUGGUGCCAUUUUGGCAGUAAUUACCAUUUUCCGCGUGCUUUCGUUACUGCGACAAAAGUACUACUUGAAACGACAAAAGCCACCCAGAUCAGACUCUGUUCCAGCCAAGAUCAUUGGAGCUAUCGUAUCUACAGCUCGUGAGGCCUCUCUAUUACAGAUCCCAGGGUUUGAUAUUCCUUGGGUCAAUUACACGGUGGAGUUCCCGCCAGUAGGAGACAUUCUCAUCAUUCUCUUUUACGUGAUGAUUGUAAUGCUGCUGCUCUUCUCCAAAAUCGACCCUUUCAACCCUAUGAACUACGAAACUGUGGCCUACCGAUGCGGCUGGGUGUCUAUUUCCCAGAUCUCACUUAUCGUCAUUCUGGCAGCCAGAAGAAACCUCGUGUCCAUUCUCACGGGCAUUUCUGCUCAGAGGCUUAACCUGUACCAUCGAUGGACGGCCCGAGUGUUGUUCCUGUGCGUCAUUCUGCACCUGGCCCACUUUAUCAAGACCUGGGGAGUCACUCACCAGAUUCAGAACCAGGUGUCGACAAAUACGUUUGCCCUGAAAGGCUUUGGAGCGUUUGGAAUUCUCUGCUGGAUCUUCAUUUCCUCUUUUGCGCCCUUCCGAAACAUGAGCUACGAGUUCUUUGUGUUCCAACACAUUGUUACUAUGAUUGGAUUCAUGGUAGCAGUCGUUAUCCACGCGCCCAAUUACGCAUACCAUGUCGUAAUCCCUCCUCUGGCUCUUUUUGGACUUGACAGAGUGCUCAGACUGGUCUGGAACCUGUUCAUCAAUAAGGCAGGGCUCAAACCUCAUCAGACAGCCCUGAGAGUCGAGCCUGGAGCUGUGGUGGCCACAAUUCCCACAGGACUCUCAUGGUACCCUGGACAGCACAUGUAUCUCCGUUUCCCUAACGUAUCUCCUUUAGAACAGCAUCCUUUCACAAUUUCCACACUGCCCGGAGACGAUAUGCAGUUUGUGAUUCGUUCAAAGGCGGGAUUCACUAAGCGGCUGCUCAAAAAGGCCUCUCAGCUCCCAGAACACGAGAAAAUGACCCUUCCAGUCUACCUGGACGGUCCCUACGGCGAAACUCGUGAUUUCAAGCAGUUUGACACCUCUGUUUUUGUCUGUGCCGGUAUCGGAGCUUCUUUCUGCCUCCCUAUCGCCGUGGACAUUAUUAGAAACCAGCACAAGACCAUUGCUCGACGUCUCAAGUUCAUCUGGAUCACAAAGCGGUUCCAGGACAUGGAACUGUAUGCCGCCCAGCUGACUGAGCUGCUUGAAUGCGCACGAACGUUCUACGAUACAGCCUCUGGAAUCGAUGUUGUUGUCGAGAUCUUCGCGACUUGUGAAGAUGACUGCUGUGGGGCUGUCACUAACUGCUCUAGUUGUUGUUGUGACGAGGUGGCUGUUUCUCGGGGCGAAUGUUGCUGUGCAGCUGGUAUCGAGCCCCAGCCGAAAAACGAACUUACACAAGCCCAGACUGCACUUGCUCAAUCAUCAACGCUUUCUCCGGUAUACUACGACUUCGUUGAGGCCGGGUACCUGCGUCUCAAGCAGGGACGACCCCAGCCUUAUCAGUAUAACCGACGAAAGAAGCUUGGAUCUGACAAGUCCUUCUACCGGCUCAUUUCGCCGGUCAUUUCUAUGGCUCAGGGUGAGUCUGGAGUGUGCAUAUGUGGCCCUAGACGGUUUACGAGAAUUGUUUCCAACACUGUUGUUGACAUCACCGACGACAGGGCAGUUCUGAGAGGUACAGGUAACCAGGCCGUGUACACACACGUGGAGCAUUUUGGGUUGUAG